CCGGUGGGGUCCGCAACGGUUUCGGGUAGCGGCGCAAGCCAGGAGGAGGCGGAGGAGGCGCUCGCCUUUUGGUGGGAUUCGGCGAGAGAAUGGAGCUUUGGCCUCCGCGGUCUCGUGAGGUACCUUCGGGUCGGGUUGAAGACCUUUCUCAGCCAAACGCCCAGACAUAUAAUGAUGGAAUCGAACUGGCUUGCCAACAGCAAAAAGAAUUUGUAAAGAGUUCUGUGGAAUGCAAAUGGAAUUUAGCAGAAGCCCAGCAAAAACUUGGAAGUUUAGCAUUACACAAUUCAGAAUCUCUGGACCAAGAACAUGCCAAAGCACAAACAGAAAUUGAUGAAUUGAGAUGGAGAGAAGAAGAAUGGCGGCGGAAGGAGGAAGUAUUAAGACAGAAAGAGAGACAGAAUUUAUGGAAUACGGAUUUUGUUAGCAAAGAGGUAUUUAACAAGAGUUUCAUUAAUCAAAAGAAACGGAAAGAAACUGAGGAUGACGCAUCUAAAUCGUUUAUGCAGAAACAUGAGGAGAAAAUUAGACAUUUUGGAAUGUUGAGCAGAUGGUUUGAUAGUCAGAGAUUUCUCUCUGAUCACCCAUACCUUGUCUGUGAAGAAACAGCAAAAUAUCUUCUUUUAUGGUGUUUUCAUCUAGAAGCAGAACAGAAAGGAGCUCUAAUGGAACAAGUAGCUCAUCAAGCGGUAGUGAUGCAGUUCAUCAUAGAAAUGGCCAAGAGCUGUAAUGUGGAUCCCCGGGGAUGUUUUCGUCUAUUUUUCCAAAGAGCUAAGACAGGGGAUGAAGGCUAUUUGGAAGCUUUUAAAAAUGAACUGGAAGCAUUCAAAUCAAGAGUGAGGAUUUGUUCACGAUCUCAGAAUUGUCAAGCUAUGCCUGUUCAGAAUCCUUUAUUUCACAAUGAUCUGAAUUGUAUAGGUGGACUUGCACCUCAGAAUGCAGAAUCGCUUCAAGGCUGCAGUUUGCAGGGUUUAGUGGUACACAGAGAGGAAGAAGAACCUAAAAUGAUGGAUACAGUAUAGUACUCUUAAGACUGAAGCCAAGUAUACUUCUUUCCAAGAGAAGAAGACGGCAAUUUUCUUAAGACUUCUUUUUAUGGGUACUGCACUUUAUUUUGAUGGAGUGGGGGGGGGUUGUUUUGUUUUGAGCUUUUGGAGAGAGAGUAAGGCAGAAACAUGCAUCAUUUUCUUUGGGGGGA